AACAUUGGGACGCGUUGCAACCCUCUCUUUUUUUCGCUUGCUCUUGUAGGUUAAUUGAAAACACUUUUAUUGCAAAUAAACCUCUUGCCGAGCCGAGGGCAAACCGAUAAACUGGCAAACAUGGCUGGCGGCAACACCCCGCGUGUGAUCCAGGUGACCAACAUAGCGCCGCAGGCCACCAAGGACCAGAUGCAGACGCUGUUCGGGAACAUUGGCAAGAUUGAGGAGAUCCGCCUGUACCCGACAAUCCGUGAUGUCUCCUGUCCGGUGCAGUCGCGCAUCUGCUAUGUGAAAUACACGGACACGACCAGUGUGCCGGUGGCGCAGCACCUGACCAACACGGUGUUCAUCGAUCGCGCCCUGAUCGUCAUACCCGUUCUGGCCAUACCCGAGGAGUAUCGGGCCCUGGAGAUGCUCAAGAACGGAACCAUUGUGCCGGGUCUCCAGAAGCCGGACUCCAAGCUACCGCCCGAAGUCAUUAACCGCAUCGAGGGACAGCUGCCGCAGCAGGUCAUCAAGACGUACGACCCCAAGUUGGUGGAGUUCAAUCUGCCGGAGUACCCGGCCUUACCCUCGUUCUACGAUGCGCGCAAAAUCGAGGAGAUUCGGCGCACCAUUAUUGUGUGCGAUGUUAAGAACGAGUGGCGCCUAGACGAUCUGAUGGAGUGCUUCCAGCGCGCCGGGGAGGUGAAGUAUGCCCGAUGGGCCGAGAAGGAUAACAAGACGUACUGCAUGAUUGAGUUCUGCGAACAGACCAGCAUUAUUCACGCUCUGCGCAUGCAGGGCCAGGAGUUCAAGGGUGGCCAUUUGAGCGUCUACCACUCCACGUACUCCAUAACCAAGCCGGAGGCCAAGUCGAAUGAGGCAGCCCAGGCUGAGAUUGAGGAGGCCAUGACCAUUGUGAAGGAGGCGCAGAGUAUGAUCUCAGCGGCCAUUGAUCCGGUAAUUGGAAUGCUCGCCAAGGACAAGCGCCGCAGGUCGAGAUCACGGUCCCGUUCCCGGGAACGUCGCACCAGUCGAUCCCGCUCGCAUCGUUCCACAUCAAGGCGUCGUUCCAGGCGUUCCGGUUCCAGAGAGCGACGCAGCGUGUCCCGAUCACGCCGCUCUAGGUCGCGUGGCAAGCACUCGUCCCGUUCUCGCAGCAAGCGCUCAAGAUCCCGACACCGUCGCAGCUCCUCGCGUUCCAGAAGAUCACGUUCCCGUGGCGGCAAGCACUCUCGCUCCUCAAGGUCGCGUGGCAAGCGCUCCAGGUCCCGCCAUCGCCGCAGCACCUCACGCUCACGUAGCUCCCGGUCCCACGGCACUGGUGGAGGCAGUGGCAACGGCAAACGUUCCCGAUCCCGCGAGCGCAGCAAGAAGUCACACCGCAGCGAGAAGCACUCUUCGCGUUCUCCCCGAUCUAGAAGCAAGCGCAGCUCUCCCUCGCCGCCGCCAGCGACCGGCAGUAAGUCACGGUCCAGUCGCAGCAAGGAUCCGGUCAUCGUCUCCGCCAAGUCAUCCCGGCGGCGCGACCGCUCCCGUACUCCCGAAACUCGCAAACUCAAAUCCAUCUCUGAGGACACUGAGGUUAAGAGCUCACGUUCCAGCGCCGAUUCGAAGUCACGCAAAUCGGUUAGUGUCGAGAAGUCGGACAACAUGGACAUCUCCAACUCGCCCUAGACAUAGAGAGAUUGCAUACUACUUUACAAUAAAUACAGAACUUAAGCAACCCCGUCUCCAGUACAACCCGACACCCAUUGUCCUCAAUGAGAUUUGUAUUUCACUCAACUCUGUCAUAGUUUUCAAGUAUAAAGUCUAAUUAAAACUGAAGCAUUUUCCUUCUUAAUGAAAAAAACUUGGUACGUACAUUAUGUGUUGAUAUCUCAGUAUCAUCGCAAUUGAGAUAUUUUACUUUUUUUUGCCAAGUACGAAUUGCUUAUUUGAAAACUAUAACAAUCUUAUUGUCUUCUUACCAGGAAAACACAAGAGAAAUCCAAGUUUAAUUAAUAAAAAACUUUCUAAUGAAGACCGACUUUAUAACUUUGUAUGAUCAACAUUCUGUAAAGAGUACUUAAGUAUGCUAAUUUGCUUUGAUAAAUAUACAUUAAGAACGCA